AUGAAACUCCCCAACCCACCAUCGAAUGCCAUCACCUCCAUUACCCUCUACCACCCAAAAUCCAAUCUCCUCCAUUAUACAUCCACUUUUAAUGAAUUAGAGCUUGAUCUCCCAUCCAAGUCCCCUGAAAAUCAAGUUGUGCACAUAGAGACGGAGAGAUGUAACGAUGACGUUAUUGGCGGCGGUGCUCGAUGGUGUCGCUGUUGGUGUUCAAUGGCUGGUGGCUUGCACGAUUGGCAACGCUGGCGGAGAGAUGAGGGUGUCGCUGACAAAGAUAGGAGAUUGGGGGAGAAAGAAAAAUGGAGAAAGAGGGCGUUGCCGGAUAGAGAAGAGAGAUAG